AUGGGUCAUAACCCUGGUGUUCUCGAUGAGAUCGAUCUUAAUACGCUCAAGGAUCCCGCUGGAAUCUUUGAGCUAAUAGAGGUUGUGGGCAAUGGAACUUACGGGCAAGUAUAUAAGGGUCGCCAUGUAAAAACAUCACAGUUAGCUGCAAUAAAGAUCAUGAAUAUCAACGAAGACGAGGAAGAAGAAAUCAAACUUGAGAUCAACAUGCUGAAGAAGUACUCCUACCAUCGCAACAUUGCCACCUACUACGGCGCUUUCAUCAAAAAGUUGCCUUCCUCAACUGGGAAGCACGAUCAACUGUGGCUAGUCAUGGAAUUUUGCGGAAGUGGAUCUGUAACGGAUCUAGUGAAAAGCAGCAAAGCGUCUUCGAUCAAGGAAGACUGGAUAGCUUACAUUUGCCGUGAAAUUCUUCGGGGCCUGUAUCACUUACAUCAGAAUAAGGUAAUACAUCGAGACAUCAAGGGACAAAAUGUGCUGCUUACGGAUAGCGCUGAGGUGAAGCUUGUCGAUUUUGGAGUCUCCGCGCAGCUGGAUAAAACAGUUGGAAGAAGAAAUACUUUCAUAGGGACUCCAUACUGGAUGGCUCCUGAAGUAAUUGCAUGUGAUGAAAAUCCGGAGGCAACUUACGAUUCACGCUCGGACUUGUGGUCCUUAGGUAUAACUUCUCUUGAAAUGGCGGAAGGACAUCCACCCCUCUGUGACAUGCAUCCUAUGCGUGCCCUUUUUCUUAUCCCACGUAACCCUCCUCCUCGAUUAAAGCGGUCUAAAAAGUGGACAAAAAAGUUUGAGUCUUUUAUAGUGUGUAUUGGUGAAAUUGAAGGGGACAUAGUUGCGGCGGUCACAGAUUCAGAAGAUUUCUUGCCUCAAGAAUUGUGUUUAGAUGACACGGAAUAUGAAUACUCAGGCAGCGAUGAUGAUGAACCAAAUCACUCGAAGCCUAUGCUGUCUCAUCGUGACGACUCUGAAGCGGCGUCAAUGAUUCCGGUUGACAACACCUUGAGAAAAGGUUUCCAGCGUAUUCAAGAGGCCAGCAGAGGAGCGUUCGAGUAUGCUGGUGCACAACAGUUGAAGAGAAUAACAACAAAUCUUCCAGGACAUGAGAGGCCACCUACUGGUAGUCCUCACCAUCACGUCUUUAGAUAUGGGGCUGACGGUCGUAGUCGUGAAGAAGCUGUAAAAAUUCGUGCGCAAGCUGCUGUCAAUCGCCCUGUAGCGGGCAGCGACCGUCGCAGGGAAGCAGAAAGGCGUCAGCGACCUGCUAGCCAUCAUCAAGUCACUGCCCCUCAUCUCGCAGAUCUCGCUAAUUAUGACAGGCGCCGGCAAUCUGAACGGGAAGAUCGUAGGGAAAGGGAUAGAAGUGUCGCAAAUGAGCGUCUGAGUCAUAGAAGUGAUAUGCCCGUUGCACGUGUUGCAGCGAACAUCAUAGCUAGUCCACUACGGAAAUUGAGUGAACCUGUGCUUCAUCAACAGCAAUCCAGACCUGAAGCAAGAAACAGUGGUGGUGUGUCGCCCCCUCCUCCUGCACCGCCACCGCGUGAUGCAUCAAUAGCUAGCGUUAAUGAUGGAGAUAAUCAGUCUUCGAGUACUCCUCCAACUGAAUUUGGACUUGGUGAAAGUUCAUCUGAUAGUGAGGAAGACGUACACGAGCUCCACGCUUCUGUUCGCCGAUCAUCCGCAACAAAUCCUCUUUUGCCAACGGUUUCCUCCUCUCGCUGCAAUGCCCCACUGGCCUUGCCAGAUUUGCUCCCCAAACGUGACUCCAAUAAAUUUGAUGAGCAGCGUAUUUGUGACGCUCCCAUCGAUGAAUCGGAAAGAAUUGUGAAUGCUUGCACUAAUGGAUCGAAAGUUUCAUUGCACCAGCAGCCCCUUACAGCGAGAGAUAGGGAAAAGUCAUUUGUUGGAUUCUUUGGCACAGGAGCAGUACUAGGGGCUGGCACUGUAAAUCGUCCUGGCAGAGCGCAAGACGCCAGUCACGUACAGGUCAACGUCAAUCCUAGCUCCCAAAAUGGAGCGCAUUUGGAGUCUGAUGCGCCGGAAAUACGAAAGUACAAAAAGAAAUUUAGUGGCGAAAUUUUAUGUGCUGCAUUAUGGGGUGUAAAUCUCUUAAUAGGAACUGACAGUGGUCUUAUGUUGCUGGAUCGUAGUGGACAGGGCAAGGUGUACCAACUGAUAAAUCGACGUCGCUUUGAGCAAAUGACUGUUUUGGAGGGACAAAAUAUACUCAUCACAAUUUCUGGAAGGAAGCGCAGAAUAAGGGUCUAUUACCUGAGCUGGCUGAAACAAAAGAUCUUGAGAACAGAGGGCUCUGCUUCUGGAGUGCCGGCAGAGAAGCGUAAUGGAUGGGUGAACGUCGGCGACCUACAAGGCGCCAUCCAUUUCAAAAUUGUUCGCUAUGAACGUAUUAAAUUUUUAGUUGUUGGUUUGGAGAACAGUAUUGAAAUAUAUGCUUGGGCACCCAAGCCUUAUCACAAGUUCAUGAGUUUUAAGUCUUUCGGAUCAUUAUCUCAUUUGCCACUGAUUGUUGAUCUGACCGUGGAAGAUAAUGCUCGUCUUAAAGUGCUAUAUGGUUCACAUGAGGGAUUUCAUGCCAUUGACCUUGAUUCAGCAGCUAUAUACGAUAUCUACACUCCUCCUAAUCCACAACAGAAUAUGAUACCUCACUGUAUUGUUGUUCUUCCGAACAGCAAUGGUAUGCAGCUGCUGCUUUGCUACGACAAUGAAGGUGUUUAUGUGAAUACUUACGGUAAGAUGUCAAAAAAUGUCGUGUUGCAGUGGGGUGAGAUGCCCAGUAGUGUUGCCUACAUCUCGACUGGCCAAAUAAUGGGAUGGGGCAAUAAAGCAAUUGAGAUCCGCUCUGUUGAUACGGGUCACCUCGAUGGUGUUUUCAUGCAUAAAAAAGCGCAGAAGCUCAAGUUUUUGUGUGAGCGUAAUGACAAGGUGUUCUUCUCUUCAGCGAAGGGUGGCGGUUCUUGCCAAAUCUAUUUCAUGACCCUUAAUAAGCCGGGUCUCUCGAACUGGUAG